ACAGAUAAACAGCCCUUGUUCCCCGGGGUGAGGAGGGGCCAUCCCUAAACAUCCUAAAACCGGCACCUGUUUUAGGAUGGCAGAGGCUCUACCUAAACUUCGAGAAAACUUCAGGAUGCAGAAUAAGUCUGUCUGUAUUCUGGGCGCCAGCGGGGAAACUGGCAAAGUGCUCUUAAAAGAAAUCUUGGAACAAGGCCUAUUUUCUAAAAUAACACUCAUUGGCCGGAGGAAGCUCAUCUUUGAGGAGGACGCUUAUAAAAAUGUGAACCAAGAAGUGGUAGACUUUGAAAAGUUGGAUGACUAUGCCUCUGCCUUUCAAGGUCAUGAUGUUGGAUUCUGUUGCCUGGGUACCACCAGAAAAAAAGCUGGAGCGGAUGGAUUUGUUCGUGUUGACCGAGAUUAUGUGCUGAAGUCUGCAGAGCUGGCAAAAGCUGGAGGGUGCAAACAUUUCAAUCUGUUGUCCUCUCAAGGAGCCGAUAAGUCGAGCAAUAUUUUGUAUCUGCAAGUUAAGGGAGAAGUGGAAGGCAGAGUUGGAGAAUUGAAAUUUGAUCGUUACUCCAUAUUUAGGCCAGGAGUUCUGCUGUGUGAUAGGCAAGAAUCUCGCCCAGGUGAAUGGCUGAUCAGGAAAUUCUUUGGCUUCUUACCAGAAUCCUGGGCCAAUGCAUACUCUGUGCCUGUGGUGACUGUGGUGAGAGCAAUGUUGAACAAUGCAGUGAGACCAGCUGACAAGAAGAUGGAACUGCUGGACAACAAGGCCAUCUAUGCUCUGGGAAAAGCUGAUGGUGCACUCAAGCCAUAA